GCCGCAAUUACACAUGGAGCACUGCAGGGAUUAGCUUAUUUGCAUUCUCAUAAUUUAAUCCAUCGAGAUAUCAAGGCGGGCAACAUCCUUCUCACAGAGCCGGGCCAAGUGAAACUUGCUGACUUUGGGUCUGCUUCUAUAGCAUCUCCAGCCAAUUCAUUUGUGGGGACACCAUAUUGGAUGGCCCCUGAAGUAAUCUUAGCCAUGGAUGAAGGACAGUAUGAUGGAAAAGUAGACGUUUGGUCUUUGGGGAUUACUUGUAUUGAACUAGCUGAAAGGAAACCUCCUUUGUUUAAUAUGAAUGCAAUGAGU